CACAAGCCUAAUUGGCUUAGUCAACAUUUAAAAUAAAAAACUGUUGAGUAGAAAGACUUAAUAAUGAAAGCUGGCACAUUUCGUAACCCAUUCCAAUGGGAUCCUGUGCUGAUUAUCUCACAAAUAAUAUCUGUACAGUUUUGCGUCUAUUUUACCUUGGGAUUGUUGAUCUUAACAGCUAGCUUAUUAGCUGGCGAUACAUAUCGUUUGGACAACGUAUUUGAGUAUCAUGAAAUCCACAUAUCCGACCUUAAAGGCCGUUUGAUUAUCUGCGCUUUCGUUACUAAUUCAUUUUUGGCGUCUUUAUUCCUAUGGUGCAUAAUAAGACGAGCUAAAUUGUGUUUGGAUUUUAGUUGCACUUUCCAUUUCUUCCAUUUACUAAUAUGUUGGCAUUAUAAUUCAUCAUUUCCCUCGAAUAUAUCGUGGUGGCUGGUAAAUGCCAUAACCACUACGAUAAUGUGUAUAGGCGGUGAAUUUCUGUGUCUUAAAUCAGAAUUGAAAGAAAUACCAGUUGGUUACUCAGCGUUAAAUCAAAAGUCGGAUGUAUGAUUAGUGCAAAGCCUAUAGAGAACAACCAGCUAUUUAUGAAGAAGAAAUGUGAAUAUUAUUGUAAGAACAUUUGUAAAGCUUUUCGUCAUUCCUUUUUUCUCUUGGGAACUUUGAUAAUGGCAGAUAAUAAAUAGAUAUCCACGUAAAGUUACUAAACAAAUUAGUA